AUGAAAGACGAUACAGCCAAAGAUCGGGAUGAGGAAGGGACGAAAAAAGGAUUGCGCCCCAAGUGCGAAAGGAGAGUUGGAGCAUCGGAGGGGGAGGAACGACUACAGAAGUAUCUAUUCGAGGAUUACAGCAAAUUGGCCUUACCAGUCAAGGGAGCCCUGGACAAGUUAUAUAUCAACUUCAGCUUGGCUAUCUCACAGAUAGUCGAUGUGGAUGAACGAAACCAAGUACUAACGUCAAAGGUGUGGGUCCAACAGGUGUGGAAUGACUACAAUCUCAAGUGGCAACCCGCUGACUUCGACGGCAUUCAGCGGAUCAAAGUGCCCAGCGAUGCCAUCUGGAUUCCCGAUAUACUCAUCUAUAACAAUGCUAAUGGUUCCUUCGACAUGCAGACGGGAGCCUGGGCCAGCGUUGACUGCAACGGCACCGUCAACUGGUCCCCGCCGGCCGUCUACAAGAGCUCCUGCAAGAUCGACGCCCGCUACUUCCCCUUCGACGAGCAGAACUGCACCAUGAAGUUUGGCAGCUGGACCUACGACUUUUACAAGAUCGACCUGAUCCCGACCAGGCCCAGCGCCGAGAAGAAAGACUACUGGGAGAACGGGGAGUGGGCCAUCGUCCAGUCCCCGUGCAAGAGGCACGUCAUCAGCUACCUGUGCUGCCAGGAGGCCUACGUGGAUGUCACCUGCAAUUUCCUCCUGCGCCGGAUGCCGCUGUAUUACUUCGCCUAUUUAUUGUUGCCCUGCGGCCUCAUCUCCUUUAACACCGUCUUAGUCUUCUACCUGCCUCCGGACAUCAGCGAGAAGAUGUCCCUGUGUACUUCGGUGCUUCUCUCCAUGGCUUGGUUCCUCUUACUGGUGACGCAACGGAUACCACCCACGGGGAACAACUUUCCUUUGAUCGUCAAGUACCUUCUGUUCACCAUGGUCGUUGUGUCCUCUUCCAUUAUCUUAACCGUCUUUGUGUUGAACAUUCGCUACCGCUCGCCCCACACCCACAAGAUGCCGAACUGGGUACGGACGGUGUUCAUAAACUUCCUCCCAAAGUACAUAGCCUUGAAGAGGCCCGAUCGGUACAAUCUCAAGUACCGGAACGUGGGCGUGGCGCUGACUAGGGACGCCGUCACCACCAAAUAUGUGGACUCCAAGAAACUGGUAAUGGAGAGCAAAGGCAAUAAUUACACGGUGCGCUUGCGCAGUGAGGUAGACCAUGAGCUGAAUGGGCAGGAGACAGACUCAGAGGGUGAAGUCUUCACAGAGGUAAACGCCAAUGGCGACGCCCGAGGUAGCAGACACCCGUCCGUAACCGUGACCAUGCCGCCUACCUACUGGGCCGCCACCGCCUCAUUGGCCGCCAACAAGGGAGACGUUCCUUCCAGUUCCAAUGGGCUUCGUAGGACAAGUCCAGCGGGUCAGGAGACUCGCCGUUCCAGCCGAUAUCUACCGUCCACCAACCACGACCCCGAGCCGUGCGAGGCUAUGAAUGUGCACCGGGCCGUGGAGGAGAUCAUGUACAUGACGUCACGAUAUCGCAACGAGGACGACAUGGUCCGGGCCAAGGAGGACUGGAAGUACGUUGCCAUGGUAGUAGACCGCAUCUUUCUCAUCGUGUUCCUCUGUGGUGUCUUUGUAGGAACCAUCACAAUCAUGCUCGAGGCGCCCCUGGCCAAGGAGUUCUUCGCGCGGGUCUUUACUGGUGACGAUGUCGCUCACACGGUGGACUGAAAGAUACAAACAUUUUUUUGAUACUUUUGUCAGAUUCCUAAUGGACGUCUAGACUGGGCUCCUCGUGAUGAGAAGUCAAUGUAAUUGUGACAGCAAAUUUAAAGGCACCAGCCUACUACGGUCAUAAUUGAACGAGUUCGAGCGGGAACAAUACAAAAUGUGCCGGUAGUGUAACCAUUUAUCGAUCUCUUUCUAAUACACACGUGCAAUGACGGUCUACUCGAACGAUCCAUUGUUGUCGAAUGGCCAACUUGCACAUUGUAGCCUACAUUUGCACUUUUCAGUGCUCUUGCCGGUUGUUGCCAUUCUGCACUGUGUUAACCUUCAUAUCAGUGGUUCUCUCUACACUCUUUUACGAAACUAGAUAAUUGAGAAUCAGCGAUAGACCAGAGUUGCCCGAUCAUUGUAAAUUCAAGAAAGGUAGUGGUAGUGUGAACCUAAUUCGCACUUGAACUUUCUCAUUGGUGUCAUAUUUCUCCUCUUUGGUGGUCAUUUUAUCAAGUUCCCAGGCGUGCGGAUAGUACAGCUUAUUCAGAGAGAAAAGGCACCUAGCCUGCAAAGCCGUCAUGCGUUAUACGAGCGUGAUUAUCAUUUACAAGAAAUGUAAAUGUGCAUUCAGGGGACGUAUAUGUCUUACAUGUACCGUGGCCCCGUGGCCAAACGGAUAAGGCAUCUGACUACGAAUCAGGGGAUUCCAGGUUCGAAUCCUGGCGGGGUCGCUUUUGCAGAUUAACGUUUUGAACCAAUUUAAGAUGGAUUCAUUAAUUUUCAUCAAUUUCAGAUGGUACGUUUGUACAAAAUGUAUGUGGGUGGCCCCGUGGCCAAACGGAUAAGGCAUCUGACUACGAAUCAGGGGAUUCCAGGUUCGAAUCCUGGCGGGGUCGUUUUUGUAGAUUAACGUUUUGAUUUUUGAACCGAUUUAAAUGCAUCAUUUCAUCAAUUUCACACGAUACAUUGGUACAAAUGUAUGUGGGUGGCCCCGUGGCCAAACGGAUAAGGCAUCUGACUACGAAUCAGGGGAUUCCAGGUUCGAAUCCUGGCGGGGUCGUUUUUGCAGAUUAACGUUUUGAACCAAUUUAAGAUGGAUUCAUUAUUUCAUCCAUUUCUCACGGUACGUUGGUACAAAUGUAUGUGGGUGGCCCCGUGGCCAAACGGAUAAGGCAUCUGACUACGAAUCAGGGGAUUCCAGGUUCGAAUCCUGGCGGGGUCGCUUUUGCAGAUUAACGUUUUGAACCAAUUUAAGAUGGAUUCAUUAUUUCAUCAAUUUCUCACGGUACGUUGGUACAAAUGUAUGUGGGUGGCCCCGUGGCCAAACGGAUAAGGCAUCUGACUACGAAUCAGGGGAUUCCAGGUUCGAAUCCUGGCGGGGUCGUUUUUGUAGAUUAACGUUUUGAUUUUUGAACCGAUUUAAAUGCAUCAUUUCAUCAAUUUCACACGAUACAUUGGUACAAAUGUAUGUGGGUGGCCCCGUGGCCAAACGGAUAAGGCAUCUGACUACGAAUCAGGGGAUUCCAGGUUCGAAUCCUGGCGGGGUCGUUUUUGCAGAUUAACGUUUUGAACCAAUUUAAGAUGGAUUCAUCAUUUCAUCAA